AAGCAGAAGGAACCCUUUGCUGCUACUCAUCAUCACUUUUACCCGAACGAUCCUCAGUACGUGCGCGCUGCCGGGUGAGUUUACAAAUGCACUGCUGCACACACUAAAAGGAAUCACACAGAUACUAUAUAUUGAUAAUAUAGAAAUAUAUAUACAUCAUGUUGUCCGAUAAUACGAUGACGGCCAUCAAGAUCUGGACGUUCCUCACACUGUUCACCUGUAUGGUGUAUGGUCAGAGAAAACCACCAAAUUACCAGCAAAAUGAAAUGCCGCCGACCAGUUUCAGCUGCAAAGACAAAAUCGUGGGUGGAUACUACGCAGACCCCGAAACAUCUUGUCAAAUGUUCCACGUCUGCGUGAAUGUCGUCGGAAGUGGGGUUCAAGAUUUCCGGUUCUUAUGCCCAAACAACACGGCAUUUGAUCAAGAGAACCAGAUCUGCGACGAUUGGUAUAACAUCGACUGUGAAGCGGCCACGUUGUAUUACAGCGACAAUUUUGACUUGUAUAAACUCGGUUUCAGCGGAGCUCCAGCCACAUCGGGUAAAGCUACACCAAUACCGUUGGGCCCAUCCAGCGCGUCACCGAACGCAGCGACCCGAUCACAAUCCAGUCCCAGGAGGCCUUCACUAUCCGCUCCUGUAAACAACGCUGUGUCUGAGAACGACGACGACUACUACUUGCAGAGAAGCGAUGCUACAGAUAGUCGACUGCAACAUGACCUCUUGCGAGGCAGCAGCUCAGGCAAUUUCUUCAGCAAUAAGAACAGAGGCAUCGAGAACCCAGACGACUACGACGAUAGCCGGAUAGUUGUUUCAUCUAAAGACGUACCGAAGAAAAACACUAAAGCGCCGUUCAGAAAACUUUUAACAGGCAAGAAACCGGUUGCCGAAUCCACUACAGGUGCUCCGAGCACCACUUCGGGUAUCACCGGAACCACCGCCGCCGCAACCACUAUCACUAGCACAACCACGGCAAGACAGUCUAAUUACAAGCCCACCACGUACCGCAGCAAGGACCGCGGUCGUGUGAAUUACAAGACGUACUUAGAUAAACAAACCAAAGCGGAUGAGUUCGACAAUCAAAAAUUGGCUAAGCCCGCAACCUCCAUCCAAUCCACAACGUUUGCUCCAUCAACCGGUAAUACAUACCGUGGACAACCGACCGUGACUGUUGCUGCUGUUGAAAACACUUAUCAAACCACACAAUUAUCUAACGCCGUACAACAAAAUAAUCGGCCAAAAAAUAACGAUUUCCUGCGCAUUGCACCAGCAAACAACAACAACAACAACAACGGCGGUUUCCAGUCAGCUAGGAUCAACGUGACGCCUUCAAUCAGCAACUUCCAGACGAAUAACGCGUUCCGUCCAGCAAACGAUCAGGCUCAAAAUUUCCAACAAAAUGUCGUCAACUACAAUCAAGGCUUCCAAUCAGACAAAACUACUUACUCCACAACCGCGCAGAACUUAAACCCAAUAAACUUCCAGUCCGACAAGAUCUACACGACGACACAAAAAUAUAUCCAAAACCCAACAACUAACACUUUCCAACAACAAGGUAGUAACACGUUCCAGCCAGGAAGUACUUUCCAGCCUGUAAAUAAUUUCCAACAACCCAACAAUUUCCAGCAAUCCAAUAACUUCCAGCAAGCCAAUAAUUUUCAACAACCCAAUAACUUCCAGCAAGCCAAUAAUUUCCAGCAAUCUAAUAACUUCCAGCAACCCAAUAACUUCCAGCAACCCAAUAACUUCCAGCAACCUAAUAACUUCCAGCAAGCCAAUAAUUUCCAGCAACCUAACGCUUUCCAACCGGCCAACAAUUUCCAGCAACCCAACACUUUCCAACCGGCUAAUAAUUUUCAAACCGUGACUCCUACAACGCAAAAGUACAACUCAUAUCAGCCAUCGUCACCGACCGCAUAUCAACAGACCACAAACGUGUUCCAGUCGUCGACACCGUACAACGCGGGCAACUCGUUCCAACAGCAACAACAACAGUCAUCCCAGCAACCACUGUUCCAAUCCACCACUGAGCACUUCUCUAAAGACUUUAAAGCAAAGUUUGACCCAUACAACAGCUACCACCAGAGUACGAACGAGGAAGCUGGCGAGACUCUAAAGACAGCGCCUAGUACGAACCUGAGGCCGAGUGAACUUAAUGCCCUUAUCCAGCCAAAACCUAAAUCGAUAAACGCAACAUUGUCAGUUGGAUUUAGUUUUAACAAGUUGGACGGUGGAGUGGCCAAGUCCACUGUUGUCGUACCGGCACCAACCACGCAAAAACCGAGGCCUUUCACCACUCAACAGCCCUCGUCGACGACGCAGUUUGUCACAGUCAGUUCAACCACGGCUUUCGUGACCGCAGGGCCAAGCAGCAAUGCUAAAAAGGCCGUCACCAAAGACAAGGACUCGUCGUACGAUUAUGCAGUACUACGACGACAGCAAUCAUAACGAUUACACCGACGUGGUGCCCGAAGACUUUUCCAGAAUUAACAACUCGAAAAACUUUUAAGCAAAUUAUAAAAUAUGUCCCCCCCAACAAACUUUCAAAAGCCUUUAAUGUGUAAGUUUUUUGUAAAUAAAUCGUAGAUUUACGUCUAAUAUAUUAUAAUAUUAUAAAAUUUAAAAUAAAAUUACGUUUUAAUCGUAUAUAUUUUUCGACCACGCGAUGAAAAUUCUUCAGUGCCAAUCAAUUCUAUAAUGUCGUUAUACGACGACAUGUCGGUUAAACGUAGGUUUCGAGCAGACUUGGGGAGUUUGACAGAACAACUUCCAUGAAUCCCAGCAAGUCUUGUGAAAGUAUUCGCACUACUUCACAAGACCUUCGUGAACUACCGGUAAUCAUUCAAGUGCCAAUUACAGUACUUAUGUAUGUUCCGGCAGGUAUACUGUAGUAUCGGGUGUUUCACUAUCACUGCAUCCAGCUAUCAGCUUACAAUCAAACGUACCUAUGUACAGAUCCGGCAGUAAAAUUGGUAGCGGUACGAUAAAUGUUACCUUUUUAUUGUUUUUUUUUUCGAAAAUCAGAAUAUAUGUAUAUAUAUAUUUCAAAUGACUGUUAACUUAUUUUAUUGAUUUGGAACAAAAUAUUAUUUUUAUCGUAUUCUCUUGGACAAUGGAAAAAAAAACAAAAAAUUCGAACUAAAUUAAAGUAGAAAACUAUGAAAAAAAUGCAGUAAAUAUUUAAGAAAAAUAAAAAGUCAUCGUGCAACAGCAGAAGCUGACAAACUUUUAUAAUACCUAUGUAUUAUUAUUUAUAAUUAAUCAUUAAAUUUCAGCAACAUCUAUAAUUAAGCGGUAUUAAAAUUAAAUUAAAAAUAUCUGCUUUGUAUAAGAACAAACUUAAAAUUUUUAUAAUUAUUUCAUUCGUAUAGAGUGUCAUUGUAAAAAUUAGCCUUACAAC